AUGGCGUCCAAUUACCCAAUUCUCCCAGAGAAGCUGCUGCUCAUCUCUCUAAAGAUGUACUUCACCCCAGAACGCACACUCACCUACCUCCGCGAACUCCUCAACCCAUCCAACGAGAUUGUCCACCCAGCAAAUCGCGACAAACUCCUCCUAGCUCUAAUCCCAGACUUCCUAACCAUCUGGCCCUGCGCCCAGCUCAUCAAAGAAUACGAAGCAAACCUCGCCAACACCGGAACUCCCCAAUCCCCACCCCCCUUCCUCCUAGGCGCGCAAGACUGCUUCUGGGAAUCCCAAGGCGCAUACACAGGCGAAGUCUCACCCGCCUCAAUCCGCGCGCUAGGCUGCUCAAUCGUCGAACUAGGCCAUGCCGAACGCCGCUCCAUCUUCAAUGAAUCAGACGACCAAACCGCCCGCAAGGCCGCCGCAACCUGUGCCCAGCACAUGGUCCCGCUCGUUUGUGUUGGCGAGGUGACCGCGCCGGGCCCUGUCGCCUCGCAAGCAGUCGGCCAGGCUGUGAGCGAGUGUGCGGUGUUGGUGCGCGCAGUGCUGGCUGCUAUCCCGGACGACGCGCCCGUUAUCUUUGCCUACGAGCCUGUCUGGGCGAUUGGCCAGCCCAAGCCGGCGGGUGUUGAUCACGUUGCUGCUGUUGUGCAGGGUAUCCGGGCUGUUAUUGGUGCUCGACCGGGGACAGCUCGUGUCUUGUUCGCGCAUGAAAUUGAUGGUGUGCGUGAGGUUGUCCGUGAGGUGGAGGAGACGCUGGUUGUCGCGUGA